AUGGUAAAUUCACUUUCAAGGAUACUUUUCUGCAGCUUACUUAUAUUUUCCGUGAUUUCUCUUCGAGAAGAGCGGCUCGAAACAGCGCCGAUCACUGAUGAUCCUUGGGAUUUGGAUGGACCCUGUCAAAAAUAUGUGGAAAAACUAGCUGUUGUACAAUCGGAAAUGGUAGCAUGCGCCACAAACUGGUCAAUUCCACCUGUAGUUUGCACAAAAUGCUUUCAAAACUACAUUAAUUUCAAACAAUUUGAAUAUGAAACAAAAAACCUGAAUAAUGUCUACUCCCUGGAUAAUCGAACUUGCUCUCAAGUUAUUUAUGACAAUUAUCUGCUCUCGUACAGUACGGAUAUAUCAAAAGCUUUAACUUCAGAAAUUUGGGAAAAAUCCAGAUGUGACUCCUGCAUAACAAUUAAAUGGAAUUUUCCGCAAAACAAAUCGGAAGUGUCAUUCAGUGAGAGGACAAUGCAAUUUCAGAACAGAAUGUAUGAAUGGAGAAAUUGUGUUGUUAAUUACACAUCUGGAGGUGUACUGGAUGAUAAUCUUACCAAUGGAAGUAAAAUCUGUAAUCUCUGCAAGACCACCUUUGACGAACUCUUUGGAUAUUACUGGAAAAUCUACACAACUCCAGAUGUAGAUUUUUGUGUCGACGUGGAGACUACGAUGAACGAUACAAUUCAUUUAUGGGAUGAUGUGUGGAAAUGUGCUGAAAAACAAGACAGAAAUCGUGAUUUAUUUGGAAUUAUGAUCACUUUUGGAACAUUAUUGCUGCUCACAGCUCUAUUUUAUGCUGCCAGCUACAUUCAGGGUGGCGGUGAAACGAGGCGUCUUAUUCAAUAUGCUCGUCUAUCAGAUCCACAUGGCCAAAGAUCACGUCUUCUUUCAUCGGGAAUGUCGGAUGCAGAUCUUGUUAGUCGUGUUUCUCCAGGAUCUUCUGUGUUAUACAAUGUACCAAUCCAUCAGACACGAUAACAAUUGCUCAAAUUGAUCCAAUUCUUAUAUUUGUUUGAAAUUUAAUUUCGAAACCUAGUCCUUGCCGAAUACGUGCCUGUGUUCUCUUUCCUGUGAUGCUCUCUUGCUAACUUUGUUCUUUUUGUAUAUUUGUGAUAAAAUUGCAAUUCAAAUUC